AUGCACGCAUUGGAUGUAGGAAUGAUGGCAGGUGAGAACACGGUGUGGGGAUGGGGUGCGGGCAUGGGGUGUGGGCAUGGGGUGUGGGCAUGGGUGUGGGCAUGGGGUGUGGGGAUGGGGUGUGGGAUGGGGUGUGGGGAUGGGGUGCGGGCAUGGGGUGUGGGCAUGGGGUGUGGGCAUGGGUGUGGGCAUGGGGUGUGGGCAUGGGUGUGGGCAUGGGGUGUGGGGAUGGGGUGUGGGAUGGGGUGUGGGGAUGGGGUGCGGGCAUGGGGUGUGGGCAUGGGGUGCGGGCAUGGGGUGUGGGCAUGGGGUGUGGGCAUGGGUGUGGGCAUGGGGUGUGGGCAUGGGUGUGGGCAUGGGGUGUGGGGAUGGGGUGUGGGAUGGGGUGUGGGGAUGGGGUGCGGGCAUGGGGUGUGGGCAUGGGGUGUGGGCAUGGGGUGUGGGCAUGGGGUGUGGGCAUGGGGUGUGGGGAUGGGGUGUGGGCAUGGGGUGGGGGGAUGGGGUGUGGGCAUGGGGUGUGGGCAUGGGGUGUGGGGAUGGGGUGUGGGCAUGGGGUGUGGGCAUGGGGUGUGGGGAUGGGGUGUGGGCAUGGGGUGUGAGAAUGAAAUGAGAAUGCACAGCUGUGGUGGGGACAAGGCGAAGCCACGUGGCGCCUCGCCGCGCCGGCGGUCCGGCUGGCUCGUGCUGGUGCUCGUGGUUCUGGUGGCGGCAGCGGCCGGCGCGGGUUAUUACUUGUGGCGGGAAUACAGCGAGUUUGUCGUGAUCGACGACGAGGAGUUCGAAACCGAGCCGCCCGUCGAGAAGGUCGCGGCGCGGUCCAACCCGCGGAAAGCCCAAUGGCAAGCCGAUAAGCUGUGGAGCGCGGAGGAACUGGCCAAGUACAACGGGUCGACAAAGGGCCUUCCGCUGCUGCUGGGCAUUCUGGGGGAUGUGUUUGAUGUGACCAAGGGCAGGAAGCACUACGGCAAGGGGCAGGGGUACAACCAUUUCGCUGGCAGGGAUGCCACGAGGGCAUUCGUCUCAGGCAACUUCUCAGGUGUCGGUUUGACGGACGAUCUGACGGGGCUGUCAGGUGACGGUUUGACGGACGAUCUGACGGGGCUGUCAGGCGAGCAGUGCAUUGGCAUUGCUGACUGGUGGGAUUUUUACUUCAAGACCUACAUUCCGCUCAAAAUACACCUGACGGAGGGGCAGCGGCUGAGGGACGUGGCCAAGGCUCCCUGCCUUCGCCUCACUGCUUGUCCUCCUUCGUUCUCCUUGCCCUCCCUGCUUCCAGCCACGUGGGGAGGCUGGUGGGCUGAAGUCAACUUGAAGCUGGUGGGGUGGUUCUACAACGAGCAGGGGAAGCCAAAAGAUGCGCUGGGCGAGUUUGACGAGCUGCUCAAGGAGGGCAAGCGGCUGAGAGACGUGGCCAAGGUGGCGGAAAAGAAGUACCCCGGGUGCAACUCGCGGUGGGCGCAGAAGGAGGGCGGCAAGGUGCGACCCCGUGUUUCCCUCGUUGUUCCCCCCUGUUUCCUCCCAGCCCCUCCCUUCCUGCUCCUUCUUCCCCAAUCUCCGGUCCCCAUUCAUCUCUCCCGCGCAUCUUGUGAGAGACAUCUUAAAGCCCAAGGCCGUGGAGAAGCAAUACCCCGGGUGCAACUCGCGAUGGGCGCAGAACGAGGGCGGCAAGGUAACGUGUCUCCCUCCCUGCUCUUUCCCAGAUCCUCCCUCCGCUGCGCAUCUCUCUCCAACCCCCAUUCCCCACUCAUGGUUCGAGGCAUCUCAAAUGCCAAGGAGGUGAGGUCCCGCGUUCCUGCCUUGUUCUCCACUGCUCCCCCCUUGCUCAUACCUCCCUGUUCCUCCCUCCUCGUUGCUCCCUUCUCCUCCCCGCUCCUCUGUGCUGUCUUUCUCUCCUCGCAUUUACUCCCUGCCGUCUCAACCCUCCCUGCUCCUACCCCCUUCUCGCCCCUCUCUCCCCCUCCGUUCUUGUGA